AUGGAUGUGGAGAUUGAAGCUAUAAAGAAAAAUGAUACUUGGGAAUUAGCAGACUUGCCUAUUGGAGCAAAGAAGGUUGGCGUGAAAUGGGUGUAUAAGACAAAAUUCAAUGAAAAUGGUAAGGUGGAGAAGUAUAGAGCUCGGUUGGUUGCAAAAAGGUACACCCAAAAACAUGGUAUGGACUACACUGAGGUUUUUGCACCUGUAGCACGAUCGGAGACGGUUCGUCUGGUGGUUUCUCUUGCAACUUAG